UAUGCAAUUAUUGGGUGAGCUUUGUGGUUUCCUUCUAAAUGAUUUAUUUAUAGGAGACAGGGACCUUGACUUUUCUUUACUUCGGGACUCAAUUCUUUCCGCACAACUUUCUAUUUGUGUUCCCAGGGUGGCAAAACCGUUAUUUACUUCAUCUGCAAGUUUGCUUACAUUUGUGGAAUUUUGAUUAACUUUGCGAUUUAUGACUCGGAGAGAUCUAUUAAAACCUUCUUCCAACCUAACUGUAUCACUGUGAACUUUCUCUAAGUCUGACAUUUUAGCUUG